AGUAUUCCAAAGACAAGCUGUAAGAACCAUUGAGAUAGUUAGUUGGAGAUUCUCAAAACAGUACUGAAAAGUGUUACUUUUCAGCACCCAAAACAGUGCUGGAAAGCAGCACUUUUCAGUUCUCUUUCUUUUGUUAGAAAAAGUAGGCCGUUAUCUUGCUUAUUUUAUUGAUAAAAAGUAGGCUAAUAAACCACGGAAUAGCAAAAAUAUCUUUACUGUGACGAAGUAAUGUAGUGUUGUUGAAGUAUCCAUUCAGACAACAUUGUAUGAUAAGCAGAGAAAUGUCUGUAUGGAAACCAAUUGUCAGUUAUUGCUCUAAUAUUGGCUCGUAAAGACGUUUUGAGGAACACUAUUUUCAAGUUACUACAAAGGCGCAGCCGGUCGACACGAGGUAAUUGAAUUUCUCGAAUUCCUUGUAAGGCUACUGAAAAAUACAAAAUCUAAAGAAAUAUUGAUAGAAUAAAAUAGUAGUCUCCGAUGGACAUGGGCGGAGAUGAAAGGCAAACGUUUUCUGACGGAAAUGGACAGAAUUCCGAAAAAAAAUGGUCUCUGGUGGACAAAGGCGGAAAAUGGCAGAACUCCAGAGCAAAACUGGAUCAGGCGAUCGAGGAACAUCUUCCGCAAAGAAUAUGCCGCACCUGCCAACGCAAAGUGGACGAUGUCCUACACUUUCAGAUUGAAACCGUAUCCAAUAUGCAACUGCUGAUGGCCGUAGCUAAGGCCAAACAAUACGGAAGCCUUACUACACUCGAAAGUCAACUGCAAACCGAUCCAUGCCGUAACGGUCUAUUUCGUAUGAAUUUAAUUAGAUCGAAGGAUUUAUCAGAAGCGGAGAUUAUGCAAGAAUUGCGACGAAAUCUUCUUCCUGAAUCUAGUAUCGAUAUAAAGACUGAACCGCUCGAUAUUGUCGAUUAUGCAAUCUAUCAACAAACAGAAGAUACAGUUCUAGAUGAGUGUGUAGUAAACAACGAUUUACAGAUGAAGUUUGAAUUGGGUGAAGAAACUGAUGAACCAACCAGCAAGAUAGCAAAGCUCAGCGUCAAAAAGAGACCUUGCACCACACAGGGUUGCGAAUCCGUUACUAUUGGACAAGGCAUGCAACACGCCAUUGAGAAACAUCGAUCUUAUUGCAAAAUAUGCGGACAAGUAUUCGGCAAACUCAGUCAAGCGAUGUACCACGUGGCAGUACACAAGCCCAAGGAGGAACGUCUGAGUUGUACCAUUUGCAGCAAGACGUUUUGUCGAAAAUAUGGACUGGACACUCAUCUACUAGAGUUCCAUGGUCAGGCAACAGCGAAUCACGAAUGUUCUCUUUGUGAACAGGUUUUCUAUAAAAAAACGGACCUCGCCAAACAUCGGGAAGUUCAUUUGAAGUCGCCUUGCCAAUUCUGCGACCGAAAGAAACCUUUUGGAAGCUACAAAAAGCUGAAGGAACACUUCCGAAUGAUUCAUGAGAAGCAAAUUUUCAAAUGUGAACAGUGUGCAAGCAGUUUCCUGGGUCGGCGAGAGCACGAAAACCACAUAGAAAAACAUCGAGACGGUACAAUCGAUAACUGUGUCGAAUUUGCUCUUCGAUUGUGGAAUGAUAACUUCAAGUGCACGGUGUGCGAUCGGUCGUUCUAUAACGAAACGUAUCUUGAUGCACAUCUGGAGAAGGAACAUAAGGUAUACAACAUCAAAGCUCCUGAUUGUAAAUCAAAUAUGAUCGUCCCUGACUACAAAUUUAAAUGUAAGGAAUGCGAUGCUACGUAUCGCUUGAAGUCCUCUUUGAAAGGCCACGUGUUUAAGAACCACCGAAGCCAGCCAAAGGUUUGCACUCACUGCGGAGCAACUUUCAAAUCGAAUAAUGAACUGGAUUGUCAUGUUCGCUACCUUCAUACAAAGGAUUUUCGGUUCAAGUGUGACUUCUGUGAUAAACGAUGUAACACUAACAGUGAUCUACAGGUUCAUCGACGGACCCACACCAACGAGCGUCCGUACAAGUGUUCCUACGAGGGCUGUGGAAAGGACUACAAAACUAACGGGGCCAUAAUAAAGCAUAUCCGGUCAGUUCACACCAUGGAGCGCCCGUACAAAUGCUCGUACGAGAACUGCGAUCGGAGUUUCGUUUGCAGUCAACAACUGAAGUCGCAUGGUUUUACGCACACCAAAGAGAAGCCAUUUCCGUGCGCUUAUUGCGAAUUGCGAUUCAACCAAAACUAUUUGCGCCGUGCCCACUGCCGAAAACGACAUCCUGGACAACCGGACGAAGUAGUACCCGACGGUAAGGAUAAUCUUGAAGGGGGGAUUAAAGUAGAAAAUUCACUGGAAUAAAUAGAUUGUCCUUAGUGCCUA